AUGCCGGCCAAUAUCACCCCACCGCGAUCCCCACCUACCGCGAGUGGUAACAGUAGAAAUAUCUCAGGACAAUCUUCAUCAGCAGCGUCCGGAGUGACACAAAGUAAUUUGCUUCAGCGUUAUAAUUUGGAGUCCAAGCUCAGCUCGGAUGAUGGGCCUGAACCACCAAAAGUUUGGGAAACUGACGCACAAAAGCGACAAGAAAUGUUGAGGAAAAGAAAAGAGCAUAUGAUUUUGCAAGCUAGGAGAAAAAUGAUGGAAUCCCAACAGCAGGCACAGCAGCCUGUCGUGGCAGAAGGAAGUGGUGAUGGUACGAACAAUGCACCUUCUGAAAAGCAGGAGCAGCUAGCAGCCGAGACAUUUGACGACAUGUCUGUUGAUGAACUGAAUGCGCUUGAUCCUAGUGAGCGAAGGCGCAAUAUGAUGGAAGCAUUAGAGCGUAGAAAGGCCAAAGCUGCCCAAUAGUAAAUCCAAUAAUCCAAUGACUUGAAAAUUUGAAAAUAAAAAUGUGCAAAUGUGCAAGUCACGACGCUGGGCCAACACAAAAUUUCAG